AUGGAGCGCAGCAAAUUCAGGGUCAGUCAACGCAGGAACACAGAGUGCCAGAGUUCCUCCACCGGUUGGAGCAUGUGUGGGCGUUUGGCUGCACUACUUCUCAAAAAUGGCGUUUCCGACUUCGGGGCUCCAUCCCCUCCAAUUUCCUUCAAGAUAGCCUACGCCUACUACAUGUUCACGGCUUGGCUCUUUGAUGAAAGGAACAAAAACAGGAAAGUACCAAUCCAGUAUGAUGCAUUUGUGUCGUACAAUGUCCACGAUGAAAACUGGGUUUACGGAGAACUGGUCUCUCAUCUGGAGAAAGAGCAGGGCUGGAAGCUGUGUCUACACCAUCGAGACUUUGAACCAGGAAGGCCCAUUGUGGACAACAUCACAGACGCCAUAUAUGGUAGCAGGAAGACCCUCUGUGUGAUCAGCAGGAGGUAUCUGCAGAGUGAGUGGUGUUCCCGGGAGAUGCAAGUGGCCAGUUUCCGUCUGUUCGAUGAGAGGAAAGAUGUGCUGAUCUUGAUAUUUUUGGAGGACAUCCCUUCGGCCCACAUGUCUCCGUAUUACCGCAUGAGGAAAGUGCUGAGGCGGCAGACGUACCUGAGCUGGCCCGGGAUCGGACCAGAGGCACAAGUGUUUUGGGAGAAACUGAAGCGAGCUUUGACCAGCACUAAGUCACAGGCAGAGGAGAGACUGCUGCUGACGGUCACAGACGAGCAAGGCACAUAG